CGUCGCCGCCACAGGCAGCCUGACGUCUGGAUUUUUUUGGGCUUGUUGGAAAAUGAGAGCCCGAGGCUCAGCACCGUCCCGCGGAAGGAGCUGUGUCCGGAUGGCCGUGGAUGUGGGAAGAUCACCUUCUGAAGAGUCGCUGAGCGGGAAGGGUGAGGCCGAUGGCAGGUGGGACAGCACGGACACGGGGAUGGACUUCCCGGAGCUGGCAGGGAGCCUGCACCAGCUUCUAGGGACAGAGGAAGCCAAGCCCAGCCUGCAAGGGACAGAGGGUGUGGCAGUGAGCAGACACAGUCACAUGGCCACUGACCUUACUCACGGAGGCUCCAGCUGCUGCCCAGAAGUGUCUUCAGCAUCUACAUCCAAAUUUCCCAGAGCAAGAGCAAACUCCUCAGGGAAAGAGUUCUUAGUGGAUACCGAUGCUGAUGGUGACCCUGUGCCUUGUCGAGCUGGCCGCUGGCUCCUCUCCUCAAAAGAGCAGCAGGUGAAGGCAUCGGGCGGUUGGGAGCCGGUGUCCAGCCCUCCCAGCCGGCGCAGCUCUGCCGAGGAGAACAUCUCUGCUGGCAGCCACCACGAUGCCCAUGUUGGCUGUCGGAGACAAAGUCUGGGAGCUCAGUCCCCGUGUCCUUCCACCCCAGAGCUCCUGCGGCCCCAAACCCCGCCCAGCCCCCGGAGCCGCUCCGUGCUGAGCUCGGCCCUGUCCUCAGAAGGAAACGGCCCCUCCGAGGAGCCGUCCGGGAGCUUGCCAGCCAGCACGGACGUCCCUUCUGCAGCCACCACGGCUGCCCGGGAGCUGAGCUGCCGAUGGGCAGUGGAAGGCAGGGCCCUGCAGAGGCGGCAGCCCCCGGGCGCUCUGCUCGAUUACCGCAGCAGCGUGGGGCGCAUCCGGGAGAUCUCCUCCUACCAAGCCGAUUACUGGGCCUGUGCCAUUCCGGAUUCGCUGCCCCCGUCUCCGGACCGCAGCUCGCCCCACUGGAACCCCAACAAGGAGUACGAGGACUUGCUGGACUAUGCUUACCCGCUGAAGCCGAGGUACAAGCUGGGAAGGAUACCAGAGCCUUUCCUCCAUGACUCAGGAAUAGAUCUGGACAGCUUUUCUGCUUCUCCUGAGGGCAUGUCCAGGUCCACCAGCAUCUAUGGCCGAGUGGGGCAGGCUCGUGGAAGCAGAGAAAAUGGACUUUGGGAGUUUGUGGCCUCUGCAGAGAGAUUCUCCACCCCAAGGCCUGGGAAACGAGGCUGCUCAGGAACUGGCUCAUACUUUGAACCUUCACCUAUUGCCAAAGCAUCAUUUGCAAGGAGUGCUUCCUCUCACCUUUCCAGAGGUUUUGCUAAGGAUGAAUCAUCUGGGCCAAGCUCACCUGGGCACCUUGCUGCCAAUGGGAGAAGCUGGGAUACCAGAGGAAGCUCCUGUCCAAACUACACAGGGCAGGUGAAAAGCACCAGUGGGUUUUUACCCACCACAGGAAUGCUCCCCCUGAGGAAGGAGUGGGAGAGUGAUGAAGAAUUUCUUUCCCUGCCUCCAACACUGAAGGAGCUGGAAAGUCUGGCUCAGUUUCUGUCCAAUCUCUCCUUAACGAUAAGGACGCCUGGGUAUGACCACCAUAACCUUCCACAUCACAGCACCAGCAAGCAGCCCCUUUCAUCUCGGUUGGCUCCUUUUGAAGAAGUGAGAGGUGGGGAUGACAGAGGGAGUACUGAGGGUUAUGCUGGGCGGUGGCAACACUGCAGCUCCCAAAAGCCCAGCUGGGAAAACACAGAAUUGUAUGGCUGGAUCCACAGGGAUCCUCCCCACAGGCUUCAUCUACCAACUGGUCUCAGGGACACAUUGGAUAGGAUGUGCCUAAAUGAACCACGGGUCAAGGGGGAUCCAAAGAAGAGCCAGCAGAGCGAGUCCCUUAUCCAAUGUGUUAAGAUGUUUUGCUGCCAGCUGGAAGAGCUGAUCCGUUGGCUGUACACCGUGGUGGAUGUCACCGGCAGCUGGGUGCCACCCUCGCCCGAUGCCGAGAGCGUCUUGGCAUCGCUGCGCCGCUACCUGGAAUUCAGGAAGGAUGUGGCUGACCACCGGAGCCUGACUGAGAGCGUGCUGGAGAGGGGAGAAGCUCUCCUGGACUGCAUGGCAUCGAAUUCACCAGCCUUGAAAGACACGCUGGCUCUGAUUGCCAAACAGUCGGAAGAGCUGGAAAGCCACGCAGAGCACCUGUACAAGUCCAUCCUGGCUGCCGUGGGGGGCAAGGACGCGGGGCAGGACAAGGAGGGCUCAGCACACAGCUGCUCCCUGGGUGCUGCCUCUGUCAGACCUAGGCUGCGUUAGCCCAUUUCAGGAGGGCUGAGAAGAACUGCAGCAAGCACCAAACCACCUCCAUCACCUCUCCAGAGAUGCCAAAAUCUGUGUCCAGUUGCCCACGGGGCUGAUUUCAGUGCGGUUUUGUACCAUGGCUUGAGAAAGGUGCCCCAUACAGCAGGUGUGCUGGGAUGUCCAGUUGUGUCAGGAAUGUACAGCUGGUUUGUUUUUUUUUAACAUAGCUUCCCUUUUUUUACUGAAGUGGGCUGUUCUGUUAGCAAAACGUCAGGAAGUUUUUUAACUCAGUAAUCCAUAGUGUGCCGUGCGCUCCCUAAGUAAAGCCGUGUGAUUUUAAUAGCCCUGUUCUCAUGGUUUGUUUAUGCCCAUCAAAAAUAGGUGUGAGAAGCCAAGAAAUAGCAACUCCUUCUGGUUCUUGGGAGCAAACUGAAGGCCUGUUUAUAAUUACCACUCCCUGCUGAAGCAGAGCCUACUUAACUUUCAAUUUUGUUAUUCAUAAACACAAAAAGCUGUAAUACUGAAUCCAAAUAAAAUAAUAAAGAAGUGAGUUCAGGCAGGGAGGAGCCAGGUUCUGUGUAACCUGCUGGUACCUGCUGUUGGCAGGA